AUGCUUGCGAGAUCAAAGCUUGCUCUUGAUUUGAGCAUAAGAUCACAGUCUUCGCUGAGAAUAUCCUACCACGCGAGACUCUUAUCUGGAUUCUGUAGCGGCGUCGAUGAUGGUGUUGACGGCGGCUUACCGGGAAACGGUGGUUCCGAUUCAGGCAACGAAUGGGAGAAGCUUCUCAAACCAUUCGAUAUCGAUUCUCUCAGGAAUUCAAUUCACAAGAUCACUCCUUUUCAGCUCUGUAAGCUACUCGAGUUACCUCUCGAUGUCUCUACAUCAAUGGAGUUGUUCUCAUGGACGGGCUCUCAAAACGGUUAUCGUCACUCCUUCGAUGUGUACCAAGUGCUUAUACGUAAGCUCGGCGCGAACGGCGAGUUCAAGACGAUUGAUAAACUGUUGAUGCAGAUGAAGGAAGAAGGAAGCGGAUUUAGAGAGUCUCUUUUCAUUUCGAUUAUGAGAGAUUACGAAAAAGCUGGACUUCCUGGGCAAACUACGAGAUUGAUGCUGGAGAUGAAGGAUGUGUUCUCCUGCGAGCCCACUUUUAAAUCCUACAAUGUCGUCUUGGAGAUUUUGGUCGCUAGUGAUUGCCACAAAGUUGCAGCUAAUGUGUUCUACGAUAUGCUUAGCCGAAAGAUUCCUCCGACGCUUUUCACAUUCGGAGUUGUGAUGAAAGCUUUCUGCGCGGUUAACGAAAUCGACUCGGCUCUCUCUCUGCUCAGGGACAUGACGAAACAUGGCUGCGUCCCAAACUCGAUGAUUUACCAAACUCUCAUACACUCUCUAUCCAAGUGUAAUCGAGUGAACGAAGCGCUUCAGCUUCUCGAGGAGAUGUUUCUGAUGGGAUGUGUCCCGGAUGCUGAGACGUUCAACGAUGUUAUCUAUUGUCUCUGUAAGUUUGAUCGGAUCAACGAAGCUGCGAAAAUGGUGAACCGGAUGCUGAUCAAAGGGUUUGCUCCUGAUGAUAUAACCUAUGGUUAUUUGAUGAAUGGACUGUGUAAGAUAGGACGUGUUGAUGCUGCAAAGGAUCUUUUCAGCAGAGUUCAGAAGCCGAAUGUUGUCAUCUUCAACACUCUUAUUCACGGGCUAGUGACUCACGGAAGACUUGAUGAAGCUAAAGCUGUAUUAGCAGAGAUGGUAUCAUCUCGUAUUGUUCCUGAUGUCUGCACGUAUAACUCGGUGAUCCAUGGAUACUGGAAGAAGGGUCUUGUAGGCUUAGCUCUGGAAGUUGUUCGCGAUAUGAGGGAGAAAGGAUGUAAGCCUAACCUCUUCUCUUAUACUAUCUUAAUCGAUGGUUUCUGCAAAUUGGGAGAGAUAGAUGAAGCAUACAAUGUUGUGAAUGAUAUGUCUGCUGAUGGAUUGAAGCUCAAUACUACUGGUUACAACUGUUUGAUAUCGGCUUUGUGUAAGGAACAUCGGAUCCCCGAGGCUGUUGAUAUGUUCAGAGAGAUGCCGAGAAAAGGGUGUAAACCUGAUGUGUAUACAUUCAACUCGAUGAUAUCCGGACUCUGUGAGGUUGAUAACAUUGAGCACGCCUUGUGGUUGCAUAGAGACAUGAUAUCAGAAGGUGUUGUUGCCAACACUGUUACUUACAACACGCUGAUCAAGGCGUUUCUCGAUAGAGGUGAGAUCAAAGAAGCUCGUAAGCUGGUCAAUGAGAUGGUUUUCCAGGGAUCCUCGCUUGACGAGAUAACCUAUAAUGGUCUGAUAAAAGGGCUGUGCAGGGCCGGUGAGGUAGACAAAGCGAGAAGCUUAUUCGAAAAUAUGUUAAGAGACGGGCUUGUGCCGAGCGUUAUUUCCUGCAACAUACUUGUAAACGGGCUGUGCAGAAACGGGAUGGUGGAAGAAGCGGUUGAGUUUCAGAGAGAGAUGGUUCAUAGAGGAUCUACGCCGGAUAUUGUGACGUUUAACAGUCUGAUAAACGGUCUGUGCAGGGCCGGUAGGAUUGAGGAUGGUGUGGCAAUGUUUAAGAAGCUUCAGGCUGAAGGAAUAUCGCCUGAUACGGUGACGUAUAACACUUUGUUGAGUUGGUUGUGCAAAGGAGGUUUUGUUGAUGAUGCUUGCUUUCUUCUGGAUGAAGGUGUUGAAGAUGGUUUUGUUCCAAAUGUUAGAACUUGGUCCAUUUUGUUGAGGAGUCUUGUUCCUCAAGGAUCACUAGAUAGGCAAAGAUUUUAUGAAGCAGUUCUCUGA